UGUCAAAUUUUCCCAAUUUCCAUUCCAGUUACCGUUUAAGUAGGUCAUUUCGAUGAAACCCAUUUUUCAAUUUCUUAGUUUCCUUUAAAAAUUUUCAUUGAAAAUUGAUCAUUUUUUCUUUGUACAUCACGAAGCUAUCAUGAAUUUCAACUAAAAUAUUCGAAACAUUAAUUUAUUCUAACUUACCCUGAAACAAAUUCUAAUUUAAAAGGAAAUGGCCAGUUAUCAACCAGAUAUAGCUUAUUGCUGUGAAAUAUGCGGUGCAGAAGAGUUGUCAGAGGAAGAUUUCAGAGAGCAUACACACUCAAAGCACAUAGAAGGCAAGGGGGCUUGUCCGUUUUGUGGUCUUACUGCUGUUUCAGCAUCUGAAUUAACGAUACAUGUUAAUCAGGCUCAUUUAGAUUUUCUUACUCCUGAAGCAGAAGUAAAUAUGACUUUCAUAGAUGAUGCUAGUCCCAGUGAAUAUAAUGGAGAGAUGCUUAAUCAUAGUGAUCAAUCAAACAUUCCGUCUUUUCCUAGUCAUUCGAAUAGUUAUAGUUGUAGCUCAAAUUCUCUAAAAGCAAAUAUAAAUAACAUAAAUAAUGUUAAUGCUAAGGUCAAUGGAGGUGGUGAUUUGAGCCCCAAAAAUUUUAGCCAUGGUCAUGGUUCCCCAUUACGCUCUAGCCUGGCCCUUAAAUUGAAAAAUUCCAUGUCAAAACUGCAAUGUCCAUUAUGUAGUUUCACUAGUAUUAGUCCCGAGGAAAUUCAAGAACAUGUUAACAGAAGACAUUUUGACCUUACCUCACCUUCUGUCUCAAAAGAAAAGGAAGAAAUUUUUUCUUGCCCCUUGUGUGUCAAAAAUUUCAAGUUGUCUUCUGAUCUUGAGUUACAUGUGAAUAUCGAACAUAGGGAUAUUCUUUCUCCUGCUAGUCCCCCCACCAAAUCUUGUCCAGUUUGUGGAAUGAACCUUGAUGGUGAAGAUAAUACCAGUGCAGUUAGGCAUGUUGAAUCUCAUUUUUUGGGCAAUUCUCCAAGCAAUUCUGAUAAAGCUGCUUUAAGAGAAAGAGAACAAAAAGAAUUUGAACAGUUGAGAGCUCAGUAUGGAAUGGACAAUCAAGGAAAUUUCAGGGAACAGUGUGUUACAAAUAUGCAGAGAGCUGUGUAUGCUGGUGAAAUGAGUGUUUCAGAUUAUUAUGAACGGACCCUGGACUUGAGAGCAGCAGAAAGCAGUGGAAUCGAUGACUCUAGUUCCGUCACUAGAAGUAUAGUUCCUAGGGUUCGAGCUAUGAGCUCAAAUGCACAGAACGUAGUACGGACUCUCUUAUGUACCUGCGUAGAUCAUUUUGCUUCAUCUUAUGGCGAUAGAGGAUGGGGUUGCGGCUAUAGAAAUACGCAAAUGCUGAUUUCUAGUUUACUCACACAUACAGGUUAUAAUGAACGUCUUUAUAGGCUGUGGCAAACCGAAAAACCUCCAAGAAGUGCUGUCCCAAGUAUUUCUAGGUUGCAAUCCCUCAUCGAACAGGCUUGGUCACAAGGAUUUGAUGUUCAGGGUUCUGAGCAGCUUGGAUGUAGAUUGGUUAAUACUAGAAAAUGGAUUGGAGCUACCGAGGUUGUGACUCUUUUAUCAUAUUUAAGAAUCAAAUGUCAAUUAGUCGAUUUCCAUCGACCUACUGGGCCUAGCGGUACGCACCCAGAAAUGUUCAGUUGGGUUUUAAAAUACUUUGAGAAUUCCAUCGGUGGGGAGUUUAUACCACCCUUAUACUUACAACAUCAAGGUCAUAGUCGAACAAUAAUGGGCAUAGAAAUACAUCGCGAUGGCAGUUUGGUGAUGCUAGUUCUGGACCCGAGCCAUUCCCCUCAGCAGAUGGCGCAGUUUGGUGAUACUGGCAGUGCAAAUGCUUCAUUGAGGCUGUUGAGGAAAAGUGAAGCUGCCAUGAAAGCUAAACAGUAUCAAAUUGUUGCUGUGGUUGGAACAAUUGAUAAUGAGCAACAAUAUCAACAAAGCAAAGUUUUGAGAGGGUUGCGUGUUCCGCAGGAUCGGUGAAAAUUCGAAAAAACUAAUCUCAAGCUAACCCCACUACCUUUUGCCGUUUGUUUCUGUGCAGAAAAGUUAUCAAAGGUACGAAUUUUCAUUUGAACUAUCUCAAGUUACCUGCCACUAGGAUAUAUUUCAAAUGGUUAUUUAUCUAUCGACAUCGCCUUCUAAAAAUAUAUUUAUGCAAAAAAGUUCAAUUUAUUGAAAAUCCAUAUCUUUAGGAAUAAUGCAAUAAAACUUUGACAAUUUAUUACUUAUUAAAAUCUUGAAAUUUUAUCAUGCUAGCAAGACAAUAAAAUUAUUGCUGUUUUCCAUAUCUGUUCUUGUCAAUUCCAAAUUUUGUCAAAAAAAUGCUCAGUGAAGAAAAUCUGAUAUAUGGAAGCCAGUGUCUUUUAACUUCUUCUGAAAGUUGAUCAAUGAACGUAUAUAUUUAUGUUCUUCCUCACCACUGCUGAAUUAAAUAAAUCUAUUUUAAUCAAAUAAUUUUAACACAUUUUGUCUUUCAUUUAAGAUUUUUUGCAAGUUGAGUUCAGUUCUUUUAGGUUUUUUUUAAAUAUUAUUAUAAUUGUGAUUUAUCCAUUUCUAAUCUGAGUACCUAGCUUAUAAGACUUAUUUUAUUGUUAUUUGUUGAUUUUUUUGUUGAGCUUAAACUAUUGUACAUAGAAUGAAUUUUGUAUAUUAUCAUCAUGUUGACCAAUUUAUUACAAAAAGUUUCAUUAUAAUUACUAAAACAAAGUUACCUAUAUAUCUUUGGUGCCUCAUCAGAUGUCAGAAAAUGAUACAAAACAAGUCUUGCUUUUGUGUUAAAGCUUAUCAUAAGUCUUGAAAAUAAUUUUGACUUUAAGUUUCAUUUUGUGAAGUUGAAAUUGUUUCCUAAUAGAAUAGAUUCAGUAUUAUAGUGAUUCAUGACGCUUUUUUAAACUUUUUGGCAGUAUGAACAAGCCAUAUUAGAGUUGCAUUCCAUUUUACAUUACGUGAGAAAUUUUCUCUUGUUGAAAAUUAGUCCUAAAUAUGAUAAUAAUAGAUUUUAAAUUAGAACCUCUUAAUAGUUUCGAAUUUCAAUUAGUUAUUUUCUGAUGAUACAAAGAGAUCUGAUUAGAAACGUAAAAUAUUUAAUAUAGCAUAAUCCAUUAGAUAGUGAUGAUAAAACUAAUUAAUUAAAUAUUUUAUUUGUUCUUUUAAUUUUCUCAUAUUUCAAUUAAACUGAAAUUUGCCAUGCUCUUGUGAUAUUUGAACUAUUAAGGAAUCUUACAAUAUUAAUUAUUCCGCAAUGUGAAAUUUUAGUUUUUUGAGAAUUGUGGAUAUAAAUUUCUUCAAUAUCGAUCAAAGAAAAAUGUAGAAUGAAUUAUUUAGAACAAAAAAAUUCUAGUCGUAAGAUGCUAGAAAGGAGUGUUCAUUAGUUCAUUUUAGAAUAAUGUGCCUGUUCAUUCUGUCAACUAUUGACUGCUAAAAAUUCUCAAUAAGGAGAUUAUAGCCAUUUAAUUUGUUGAAUAUCACCUGUUAAUUGAUCUCUUAGUUAUUAGGACACAUUUUGAAUUGUACUGAUAAAGUUUUAAUAAAUUAUUAAACCGAAAA